UAAACAUUUGGUUAUAUGGUUACCAUCAGUUGUCUCCUCCGGUCGUCUUCGUUUUCUCAUCCAUCGGAGAGAAGUUUUCCCCCGGCGACAGAGGUUGAAAAAUGGAAGCAGCUUUGGGACUUCUCAGAAGAAUGCCGCCGAAGCAGUCGGAAACGGCUCUCUCGGCACUUCUCAGCCUCUUGCCUCAACAUUCUUCCGAUCUCCUCUCUCAAGUCGAUCUCCCUCUCCAGGUGUUACGUGAUGCUGAAAGUAGGAAAGAUUUCAUCUUGUGUGAGUACAACAGAGAUGCAGAUUCCUACAGGUCACCCUGGUCGAAUAAGUACCAUCCUCCGCUAGAGGAUGCUCUUUACCCGUCGUCAGAAUUAAGAAAGCUCGAAGUUGAAGCCAACGAAAUCUUUGCGAUCUACCGUGACCAGUAUUAUGAAGGUGGUAUAUCCUCAGUGUACAUGUGGGAGGAUGAUAAUGAAGGCUUUGUGGCAUGUUUCCUUAUUAAGAAAGAUGGGUCAAAGUCAGGUCAUGGUCGGAGAGGAUGCCUGGAGGAAGGAGCUUGGGAUGCCAUACAUGUUAUACAGGUUGGUCCAGAGGAGGAGGAAAUGGCAGAGUAUUGCUUGACAAGUACCAUUAUGCUCUCUCUGACCACUGACGACGAGUCCUCGGGCAAAUUCGGCUUAUCUGGAUCAAUUAGAAGACAAAUGAAGAUGGAGCUCGCAGUAGCGGAGGGACAUCUUUGCAACAUGGGAAGAAUGAUUGAAGAGCUGGAAGGCAAACUCAGGAACUCACUUGAUCAGGUUCUAACUCCAGUCCCUGUGAUAAGUUUCGGAUCGUAUCACUUAUCAUCUCAUAAUUUAGAGUGUGGCUACAUAAAGUUUGAGACUUGUUUGGUGAAAAACUCAGUUGGGAACAUUCCUUACGACGUUACCGAGGAGCAACUCAGAGAAAUUUGCGGAGAGGUUGGACCUGUCGUCUCCUUUAGAUUAGUUACCGAUAGAGAAACCGGAAAACCAAAAGGCUACGGAUUUUGCGAGUAUAAGGACGAAGAAACAGCGUUGAGUGCUCUUCGUAAUCUCAAGAGUUACCAAAUCAAUGGCCGUCAAUUAAGAUUUAAUUUUGCCGAGAAUGACAAAGGAACUGAGAAACCUCGUGAUCAGGGUCAAGGAGGACCAGGUUUGCCUGCUACUACUACUGUGGCAGAAUCUCAAAAGCAAGUUGGAGUGACUGGAGAUUCAAAUAUGCAUCAACCGGUUGGUCUCCACCUUGCUAUAACAGCUGCAUCGGUUAUGGCCGGUGCGCUUGGUGGUCCUCAGGCCGGUUCGCAAUUUACGCAAAGUUCGCUGCAGGCUCCGCCUAGUGAUCCCCUGACUCUUCAUCUUGCCUCGAUGUCUAGAACUCAGCUCACUGAAAUUAUAUCCUCCAUUAAGCUAAUGGCUACACAGAAUAAGGAACAAACUCGACAGUUGUUGGUUUCAAGACCUCAGCUGCUAAAAGCUGUUUUCCUGGCACAGAUAAUGCUUGGGAUUGUGAGUCCACAAGUCUUGCAGACGCCAAGUAUUGUCCAGGCCCCAAAUCAUAUGACAGGGUCUUCAAUUCAAGACGCACAACUACCUGGUCAAGUAUCUAGUCAAAAUCUUUUACCGCCACUGGCUCAAAGGUCGCAGCAGCUAAGUCGCCCUCCCCAUAGUCAGUUUCCCGUUCAGCAGCCUUCUAAUCAACCUUUUAGUCAGAUUCCACAACUAGUAGCACAACCAGGUACUUCUUCUGUGAAUCCUCCUCAUAGAUCUCAAGUUAAAAGUCUCAGCGAAACCGCUCCUUUCCAACGCCAAAAACAAGUGGUUCCAGCUUCCACCAGCGUAGGUUAUAGUAUUCAGACAGUUCCAAGUAAUGCUAUCCAGCCAUCUCAAGUACCUCGCCCACCAGUGCAGCAAGGUGGGCAAACGGUAUCAGUAAAUUAUGGCAAAAGAAUACACAAUGAGGGACCUCAUGAAUCAAUAAGCAGACCAUCGAAGAUGAUGAGAGUGGAUGAUAGGAGAACCACUUCACUCCAUGUAGGUCAUGCGUCUAACUCAGUGCUUCCAAAUCCAGUACAACUACAAGAGAAAGCGCCUCAGACGCAUCUCACCCCGGAUGUUCAGUCAACGUUGCUCCAGCAAGUAAUGAACCUUACGCCGGAACAGCUGAGGAUGCUGACCCCAGAACAACAGCAAGAAGUCUUAAAGCUGCAACAAGCACUCAAGCAAGACCACAUGAUGCAGCCUUCAUAGCAUCGAGGGGUAAGUAACUGGGUUGGUCGGUUUCAUUUGACUGAAAGUUGCAGAGAUGAAAAAGGUUUUUCGCACGAAGAUUACCAUAGAAAGAAAAAAAGAGAAGGCUCUCUCACCUCAAUUGGUGAGUGAUUGUACUAUUAGUGUAGCAUUUAUUUGUGCUGAGUUUGUCUUAUAGAAGAACUAUCCUCUAGCCAUCAAAAUAUAAAAGAAAAGAGAAAGUUUACAAAGAAAAAUGUCUUAGAAUAACUGUGUCCUCUCUCUCUCGCUCUCUUACUUUUACUUAUUACCGUUUUGUUUUCUGCUUUUUAACUCAACUGUCCUUCGUUCGUUUUGAACCUUUUAUUCUGUGGCCACUGGUUUGGUCAUUGGUGAAAACUUUAGUACUUCAGUGAAUAAAAUCUUUUUUCUUUCACUAUACAACAAUUACG